GCUGGAGACAGCCUGGGCGCUGGGGGAGCGGCCGCCCGAGUUAUUACAUGUGGAUUCGUGCAGAGCAGGUGACAGCCGGAAAUCCAAACUUAGAUUGACUGGUAUUUAGAACCCGGAAGGGAAAGGAAAGGAACGGUGAAUAAACUCCUACAGCAAACCUGAUUCGGAAGAAGUCAAGCCUGCGAAGGAAUUCUGUGCGGGAGAGGAAGAAGCUUCUAGGGAGAAGACACUUAGGAUGCCCAUGGUGACCCGGAGGCUGAGGGAUCCUGACAUAAACCCUUGCUUGUCGGAAUCGGACGCAUCUACCAGAUGCAUGGCUGAAAACAACUAUGACAAGGAGAGCUGUUCCUCUCACUUCUUGAAGUACAAGAACUGCCGGAAGUUCUGGAACUCUGUCAUGAUCCAGAGAAGACAAAACGGAGUGAAGCCGCCCAUGCCCACGGCAGCAGAGAGAGACGAGAUCUUAGGAGCAUUGGGGAAGAUGCCCUAUUGAGUGUUUGCAUUAAAAUUAUUUAUUUAACUUAGGAACAGAUAAAUAUUUUUAAUAAGUGGUUACUGCGUCUUCAUAAGACUUUUCAGGCCUUACCCAGAUAGAUCGCGGAUUCCUUGGGGGAAGCCCCGUGUCCUCCUCCAUUUCUGCUCUCAGUGCCGCGAUGAGAGCGGGCCACCCCCAGCUCUGCCACGUCCUCGACUUCACAAGACUUGCUGAAGGCAAGGGGGCCUUAGGAACGGCUCAGUGGAGAGUUGAGCUUUUCUGCUGGGUCUCGAGAGAAAGAAGUAAGAUGUGAACAAGGGAGGGCUUAAGGGGGUGAAAGGGAGGCAGUGUCUCCAAGGAAGGGAAGUGAUGUGCGUGACAGCACGACAGGAGGGCAGGCUGGAGCCAUGUGUGGAGAGCAGUGUGUGGACUGUCCCCCUGGAGGGGAGGUGGGUACUGAGUGGUAGGGAGAAGACUGGACAGCAAGUCCAGGGUGGAUACCCGAUGGGCCUCAGUCCCAGGCACAUUACUGAGGUCUCUGCCCUGAUGACCUCACUUGUGUACCUUGAUUUAAAAAGCCUUGGGGAGGCACAGGUGUCUUUAAAUGACAUACAGAGAACUGGUUUUCUUUAUGUUUCCUUAAGGAUGGGCUUAGUCAAGGGAUUGUGAGACUGAAGUCUGUGGUUACUGAACAGCCUUCUAAAGAAAAGAUGGUGCUUUCAGAGGUGGGGUUUCACCUGCAGGAUGAGAUGGGACAGGGA